AUAGGGAACAGGGCGUGGUAGUAUGUGUAUAUCUUAAUCAGUUGAAUGUUUACAAUUUUAAAGUGGGUUGUAUAACAAUUAAAUAUAAUUGAUGCAGACUGAUAGAAUUAUAUUGUUGUUACCGAGCACACACAGACGUGUACAAGAUAGAGUUGUGAAAAUCAAAUACCUACGGAAAAUAGAUUUUAAGGUUUUGUUUCAUUGAUUACCUUAUUUAUAGACUUAUGAAAUGGCUGAUUUAACAGAAAAUAUUUGUGCUAUGGUAGACAAGCAAUUAAUCGAGGAUAUUUUGAAAAACGAUUACGGUUUUAUCAAUGGAAAAAUCCGAGAAUUGGAUGGUUACGAUGACAAAAAUUAUCAUAUAACAGAAAUUGAAAAACACAUAGAAGGAAUUGAAUUUCCUGUUGAUGGAAUAGUUCUAAAAUUCAUUAACUCCAUAGAUUCAAAAAAUCUGUCAUUGCUUGAAGCACAAACAAAGUUAACCCAAUAUCUAGAAAAUUUUGGAAUCAUCUGUCCAACUCCAUUGUUAAAUAAAUAUAGACAAAGUUAUGGGUCUGUUAUAAUAAAUGAUAAAAUGCAUGCAGUCAGAGCUUACAGAUAUAUAAGAGGAGAAACAAUGAAUAAUGUCAUAGUUAACUCAGAAAUAUCUACUGAUUUUGGUUCUUAUGUUGGUCAUUUAACUUCUAUUUUAAAGGAAUUCAAUCAUGACGGAUUCCAUAGGAAUGACUUUUUAUGGGCUUUAGAAAAAUCUCCAGAAGUCUUAAAAUAUGUGGAUGUUUUUAACCAAGAAAAACAACAAAUAAUUACAACAAUUUUAAAUAAAUUCCAAUCUACUGUAUUAUCAAAAUCGCAUAAUUUUACAAAGAGUGUUAUUCAUGGAGAUCUAAAUAUGAAUAAUAUAAUUCUAAAAGAUAAAAAAAUACAUGGCAUUAUAGAUAUAGGAGAUGUCAUAUAUUCAUUUACAAUAUUUGAUUUUUCUGUUUCGCUAUGUUAUUUAAUUCUUCAUGAGUUUAGAAACAAUAAUGCAAAAUUAUCUGAUGUGAAAAUUAAAAGCUUUGUUGAUGCUUAUGAAAAUCAUUACGAAAAAUUAAACAGUUUGGAAUAUUCAGUUAUACAUACUUGUGUAUGUGCUAGAAUUUGUCAAAGUUUGGUUUUGGGUAAAAAAACAAGCUUAAGAGAUUUAUCAAAUAACUAUAUUUUAUCAACACAGAAGAGUGGAUGGAGAGCGCUAGAAGAAUUAAUUAAUAUCCAAGAAGAUGAAUUUAUUAAGUUACUUAAACAUUAGUUUUAGAAAAUGUUUGUAAAUUUAUAUUA